CCUCUCUUUUCCCCUUGGUAAUGAGAAGCUGCUUGUUUUCUGUUUCCUAAGAUAUAUUUGUCUGCACGCCACUGCAGACAGACACAUCCAGCAUCACAGAUCUACCAUUAUUAACAACAGAGAAACCAUCGAUAAAAUGAAAUCACAAAACUUUUUGACCUUUACUUGCUUGAUUCUUACAUCUUUGAUUAUAGGUCAGGAAACACAACAUAGUGUGCUGAACAGCCAACGGGUUUUUAAGGUUUAUCGGGGAAUGUCUGUCAAUAUCAGCUGCAACUACAACAAUUCUGAUGAAACUGAAACAUUUCAUGCAGCUCUACAUUUAAAUAGAGAUCAUAAAUUGUGCUCAUAUGUUAUUAAUAAUACUAAUAAAAUAAGUAUGUGUCAGUCAUGCAAUAAAGACAUCAGAUUUAUCUGGAUUACAGAUAGUAAAGAAAUAACAUUUGAGCUGUCAAAUCUUCAGAUAAGCAAUUCAGGCACCUAUAGCUGUAAAGUGUUUAGACAUAUACCUCCUCCUUCUAUAACUAUAGGAGAAAACAACACAACAGUUCAGGUUUUAGCACGUCCCCAUGUGUCCAUGUCAUGUUUGAAAGAGCCUGAUGGACAUCCCAUAAUUCUGUGCAGCUCUGAGGGGUUUUAUCCUUCUGAUCUACAGCAGGUGUGGUUGAGAGAUGGAGAAAUACUGAACAUCUCUCAUACACACAGCACUAUCAGAAACAAUUCAGAUGGAUCAUUCACCCUCCAUUCAUACCUUAAUUUAUCUUCUGCUAUGUCUGAAUUUGUAAACUAUUCCUGUGGGGUAAACCACUCAUCAUUAGACAAACAAUUUGUGCUCCAUCUGUCUCUUGCAAAUUGUAAUGACAGGAAACAGGAUGAUGCUGUUAGAAAAACAGAGACAUAUUUAAGUUAUAGUAUGAAGAUUGUUCUGGUGAUCUCUGCAUUGCUGACUCUUUUCAUCUUGAUCAUGGCAGUAGUGCUGAUUCACUUCAGAAAAACCAACCACAGAUCUUCUGUAUCACCCAAGUCUGUACAGUUUAAUCCGCAGUCAGAGGUUAUUUAUUCAAUGCUGGGUGAUCAUCGUCCCGUCCAAUGCAGCCACAGCACUAACCAGACAACAACACCAGCACAUUAAACACUGACUGACGAGAUACCAAACAAUGACCGACAGAAGAAAAUGGAUUGUUGUUCAGUUAAAUUCUGAACCUUUUAUGCAAAGUUUGUUCAGUAGUGACUUGGUAGUAGUCAUGUUAGCUGUUUAUUCAGAAGGGUUAGCUUAAGGUUGUCUCAAGCAGAGAAAAACCUCAUCAGUCAGUCAACAGAUCAAGUUCUUGACCAGACUACUGACAAAACAGCUCAGUGUUGUGGUAUAUUGUGGUAAAUGUAUAUUAAGUGUAGUGUAAAUGUUUAAUUAUUGCUUUUUCUUCUUGGCUUUUGGUAUUGUUUUGUGAAAACAAUGUAUUAAAAAAAAAUUAAAC